AAGGAUAUGUUUGCGUCGGUCCACCACCCUUCGGGUACUGCUGAGCAGCACCUCGGGUUUACCCUUGCAGCAGCAGCUGUGCUUCCUCCUGCUGCCCGUAGCGAGCUCCUUGCCGCCAUCUCUGAGAAGAGCUCCUCCCGAGCAGUGGUCACCACUCGCCCAGGAGGUGAGGUCAUUGUCGGUGAUGCCGCCACAGCCGUAUACGCCAUCUCCUGCUCCUCGCCCUCUGCACACCCUUCUUUCUCCACUCUCUCCUCUCUCUACUCGUGGUUGGCUUGGGCCUCCGCUUAUGAUGCAAACUCAGCGGCGGCGAUCAAGGUGCUGGAGGAGCAUCUGAAGCUGGCGGGAUGUGGGCUGCUGAGCGAGCCUUUGGAGGGUGCUGAGGCGUCGCUGGCUGACUACGUGGUGUGCCAGCGGAUUGCGACGUGGAAGGGCGAGAGUUCCGAGCUUGUGGCUGGGUACGUGAGCGGGGCCAAAGCAGCAUCUCAGGUGCUUGACAGCGUGCUGAGUGCUGGCGACGCCGAAGCGGCGCGGUGGAAGGCGCUGGAGGAGCGGCAGGUCAAGCUGCUGGAGGCGAUCGGGGCGCUGGAGGCCAAGGUGGCGGCCGGCACGGCCAACACUGGCGCCGGCGCCGUCACCAGCACCGGGCUGCCGGGCGACCCGCCCGUGCGGCAGGUCGAGCAGACGGUGUCCGAGGUGUGGACCCGGAUUGACGGACUGUGCAAAGAAAUGGGCAUGACCAAGCAUGCGUUCAAGCGCGCACCGCCCGAGUACUACGACUGCUCGCUGCAGUGGCGGCAAGCGCUCCUCGGCGCGCCGUCGAUCCACCAGCUCUGCAAGUCGAUUGUCUUUGUCAACAAGAAGGCACCCAAGGACGUGGUCGACUGCUCCAACCCGCGCAUGUCCAAGUACUACUGCGCUAUUGUGCAGUACACCGCCCGGAUCAACACUGCCGAGCUCGAGCGGUACGUCAAGUCGCUCAACCCCGGCGUGGCCAAGCGCAAGUUCCACUUCCGCCUGGUCAAGGACGACCAGUCGGCCGUCCUCACCGGCUACGGCCACAACGCGGUCACUCCCAUCGGCAUGGCCACUCCCAUCCCCAUCGUUCUCGACGCUGCCCUCACCAAGCUCCCGCAGGGCAACUUCUGGCUAGGCGCCGGUGAGGUCGAUCUCAAGAUACGCGUCGAUGCCAACGAGUUUGUUGCAGCCACCAACUGCUUUGUGGCCAACUUUACCGAGCCCAACCCGGACUACGCCGAUCUCCCCUGAUGAGCCUCUCCUCUCCCUGCACUCGCCCCUAAAGCGAAGCCGUUCAUCAAGGCUGAUGUACCCCGCAAAUCAC